UCCCGGCGUGCUGUGGGGGAACGGCUGUUAGUGUUUAGGUGUGGGCAGCCAGAGGUUAGGGUGUCUUCUCAGAUCGGCGAACCUCUGCUUCAGGAGGAGCCAUGGCGCUCAGGGUCACUAGGAACACGAAAAUUAACACAGAAAAUAAGGCCAAGGUCAGCAUGGCAGGCGCCAAGCGUGUGCCUGUGGCAGUUGCUGCCUCCAAACCCCUGCUGAGAUCGAGAACUGCUCUUGGAGACAUUGGUAAUAAAGUCAGCGAACAGUCAAGAAUACCCCUCAAAAAGGAAACAAAAAAGUUAGGUUCUGGAACAGUUACUGUUAAAGCCCUACCAAAACCUGUGGACAAGGUGCCAGUGUGCGAACCAGAGGUGGAACUGGAUGAGCCUGAGCCUGAACCUGUUAUGGAAGUGAAACACUCUCCUGAGCCUAUUUUGGUUGAUACUCCCUCUCCAAGCCCAAUGGAAACAUCUGGAUGUGCACCUGCCGAAGAAUAUCUGUGUCAGGCUUUCUCCGAUGUGAUUCUUGCAGUGAGUGAUGUAGAUGCAGACGAUGGUGGUGAUCCAAACCUCUGUAGUGAAUAUGUGAAAGAUAUCUAUGCUUACCUCAGACAACUGGAGGAAGAGCAGUCAGUUAGACCAAAAUACCUACUGGGUCGUGAAGUCACUGGAAACAUGAGAGCCAUCCUAAUCGACUGGCUAAUACAGGUUCAGAUGAAAUUUCGGCUGCUGCAGGAGACCAUGUACAUGACUGUGUCCAUUAUCGAUCGGUUCAUGCAGGACAGUUGUGUGCCCAAGAAGAUGCUGCAGCUGGUUGGUGUAACUGCCAUGUUUAUUGCAAGCAAAUACGAGGAGAUGUACCCUCCAGAGAUCGGUGACUUCGCUUUUGUGACUAACAACACUUACACCAAGCACCAGAUCAGACAGAUGGAGAUGAAGAUUCUGAGAGUUCUGAACUUCAGUCUGGGUCGCCCUCUGCCUCUGCACUUCCUCCGUAGAGCAUCUAAAAUUGGAGAGGUCGAUGUGGAGCAGCAUACUUUGGCCAAAUACCUCAUGGAGCUCUCCAUGCUGGACUACGACAUGGUGCAUUUUGCCCCUUCUCAAAUUGCAGCUGGGGCUUUUUGCUUAGCCCUGAAAAUCCUUGACAACGGUGAAUGGACACCAACUCUGCAGCACUACCUGUCCCACACGGAGGAAUCUCUGCUUCCUGUGAUGCAGCACCUGGCUAAGAACAUAGUCAUGGUGAACCGUGGCCUCACAAAGCACAUGACGAUCAAGAACAAGUAUGCAACAUCUAAGCAUGCUAAGAUCAGCACUCUGGCACAGCUGAAUUGUACACUAGUUCAGAAUUUGUCUAAGGCCGUGACAAAGGCGUAACUCGAAUGGACUACCUCGUCUGCAGAUGCAGUUGGCACCAUGUGCCGCCUGUACAUAGGAUACCAUGUUUAUUUGCUCUUCAAUAAAGGUUGUGACUUUUUUACUUUGCAUAGCUCAACUCAUUUGAAUGUGGUUGCUUCUGACUUUAGGAUAACAGAAGUUGUCAAAGAAUUUAGGAGUAUAUCAAAAACUGCUUCUAGUUUAACAGUGGAUUCAGUUAAUGUAUAUAUGUGUAGCCUAUAUUUUAUAUACUUGCUUCACUUUGUGUGUCCUUAUCAUGUAGUCAUCUGCCUAGCUCUGGGUUAAACUCCAAGUCUACCAGCUAGUCCUGCUGCCUGAAACCACUGUCUCUUGAGCUGUCAACUUUCAGAUCUUGAAACGAAGUGUUUUUGUUAUGUAAUUAUUUAUUUGUUCUUAAUUGGAAGGUAGGAUGUUCAAAAUUAAAGGUGUCUUAAAAUAAUUUGCCCCUAAGUCUCAGUACCAACAGAUAAGGGUGUAUUCUUGUAUAUCCUGUAUAGAUAUAAUCAUGCAUUUAUUGUCGAGGAGAUGUUUUUAUGUGGGUUCAUUUAUCAACAGUAAUCCUUUUAGCAUCCUUCAAGGCCUAUAUUGCAUUUCCUAGUGUGAAUAAACGAUGUAAUAUAGUAGUCAAUCGUUCCCUUAGUGAUAUUCAAGUGCAUUCUCUCACUGCCUCUCCACAAUGCUGCUUAACACUGUUUAAUACCUUGCCUGGCUCCAUGCAUAGUAGCUCUCCCAGGGGGUGUGCUUUCAAUUCUGACAGCCAGAUGAGUGCGGCUGGCACCAUGCCAAGGUGCCACUUCUUUCUCCUGUUUUGUAACACCAACUGGAAAAAAAUCCUGUCUCAUUUGCUGUUUUAAUUUAUACAUCUGAUUCCGAGUUGAAUAAAAUUGUAUUUCUGGAAAGCUUUCUUUCCCAUUCACAUUUGCCCUCUUGACUGUGUGUUGUCUUUUGCUAUAUGGAACCUUCUGUUGCUAACAAACAUCUUCCUAUAGUUCUAGAUUUAUUUUUUUUUUUAUUCUUUUUUUUCUCGGAGCAGGGGACCGAACCCAGGGCCUUGUGCUUGCUAGGCAAGUGCUCUACCACUGAGCUAAAUCCCCAACCCCCUAGAUUUUCAAUCAUAAGGUGGGCCACACCUUGUCCCAGCACAAUGGAGGCAGAGACAGGUAGACUUUUUAUGGGUUCAAGGCCAGACCCUGUCUCAGAAAAAAUUUUUUUCCAAAAUGCUUUCUCUUAGGUGUACAUUCCUUCCUUCGAUGAGUAAAGUCUAAGUGUAUGACGAUGUACGAUGUAUGUCGGUGAUUAAGUGUACAUUUCUGGUCUAAAUGUUGGUUUGCCCCUGUAAUAAUAGUUUUUAAAACCGAGUUCCAGAGUUUUUGUGGCCACCUACUAUGGCUUGACUGUUCUCAAGUACUUGGCAUUGUCAAACAUUUGCCAUAUGAACUUGAACAGUGUUCAGUUGCCAGUGCAAGGUUUUAACUGUUGUCUAUUACAUCAGCUUGGUGUAGAGCUGCGUGUAUCUUGUUAUUUAGAAACUUCUUGUUGAGCCUUCACUGUACAGUCCUGAGGUUCCUUACUUAUGCUGGGGUGAAAACUUGUGAAAAAUCAACUUCUUUGAAAUUAAAUUAAAAUCUAAUUGUGUAAUUUCCCCUUUACUUUUCUUCAGCCUCUCCCAUGGAACCCACCCUCCCCUUGCAUUCUCAAGCUCAUGACCUCUGGCUUUUGUUGAUGUGAAUAUGUUCAUAAGUAUAUAAUCGGCACAAUAUGUUGUAUGUAUUUCAGCACUGACCCCUGUUACCUGUAGUUGUCUUGGAUUGCCUCCCACCCCCAUGAGUUUCCCCUUCUGGGUUGAUAUCAUCUUUAUUAAAGUCCUGAUUAAACUUUA